AUGGUUCAAAUCACCUCCUCCGUCCUCCUCGCUGCUCUCCUCGCUGCUCCCUCCUUGGCUGCACCCAUCACCGCUGAUUACGAAAACCUGUCUGCACGUGAUCCCCGUAUCCGUACUGCCUUGAGGGCGGUUGGAAAGCACAUCACCUCCAACAGGGUCGCUGCUGUUGCUGAUGUUGCCGCUGCCGCCGGAACGAUUACAGCCACCACAAAGUCCGGUCUGCCCGCGACCUCGAGGCUUUGGAAGAUCUCUGGUGGUGCAGUCAAGGUUGCGGCGUGGGCCCUCUCUGGCCGCGAAUUGGAUGAGUUGGACCUCUCCGAGCGCGACCUCAAGCUACUCGAUGAGCUGAUCGCUCGGGAGCCCACCUUCCGUGCCAUCGCAAGGAAGGUCAAGAAAGUAUUCACCUCCGGUCGUGUGGGUGCCGCCGCCGAUGUCGCAGGUGCUGCUGCAACCGUUACCGCCGCUUCCCAGCAGCCGCAGAAGCGCGAGAAAUUCGAUGACUUCGAGUUGUCUGCACGCGAGCUCGAGGACCUGGAGGAGCUUGCUCUCCGGGAGCCUACCUUCCGUGCUAUCGCCAAGAGGGUCAAGAUUUCACCUCCAAGAGGGUCAGCGCUGCCGCCGACGUUGCUGGUGCUGGCGCUACCAUCGCCGCCACCCGGCAGCAAGCACGAGAACUCGCUGAGCUCGUCACCCGCUACUACGCCAUUGACCAGCUCGAUUAAUUGGAUAUGA